AUGAAACCCAUACCAGUCCCCGCCGGCGAGGAGGUGGGCCCCAAACUCGCCCGACUUCUAUACUUCGUCGGCGCCGGAGUUUUGUGCACUGUGGGAAUCAACAAAUGGAAGGAAUUUGAGAGAAAAUCGACGAUUGUGAAGGAGCAGCAGCUCAAUGGAGAAUCGACGAUGGUGGGCUUGUUUAACAUCUGGUCUGUCUCGAUAAGCUUGCGAUUUUUGUUUAGCUACACUUCACUGCAGGGAGGAUUUACAGUUUACCUUUCGAGCCAUGUUUGUGUGAAACCUAAGAACUGUGUUUUUGUUGGGACUGAAGCAAUCUUAUCAAUGGCGAAUUUUGGAAAAUUGGAGAAGGUUUAA